CAUUCAGACAUUGUAGAUAUAAAGCCAGCCAAUAUGGAGGACCUGACGGAAGUAAUUACAGCCUCUGAGUUUCAUCCCCAUCACUGCAAUCUCUUUGUCUACAGCAGCAGCAAAGGCUCCCUGAGACUCUGUGACAUGCGAGCAUCAGCCCUCUGUGACAAACAUUCCAAGCUUUAUGAAGAACCAGAAGACCCCAGUAAUAGAUCAUUUUUUUCAGAAAUUAUCUCUUCAGUGUCAGAUGUCAAAUUCAGUCACAGCGGUAGAUACAUGCUAACAAGAGAUUACCUCACUGUCAAGGUUUGGGAUCUGAACAUGUAAACAAAGCCUGUAGAAACGUACCAGGUUCACGAUUACCUUAGGAGCAAGUUGUGUUCCCUCUAUGAAAAUGACUGCAUCUUUGACAAGUUUGAAUGUGCAUGGAAUGGAUCAGACAGUGUCAUCAUGACAGGUGCAUAUAACAACUUCUUUCGAAUGUUUGACCGUAACACCAAGCGGGAUGUUACCUUGGAGGCAUCCCGGGAGAGCAGCAAACCCCGCGCUAUUCUCAAGCCCCGGAGAGUCUGCGUUGGUGGCAAACGGAGGAAAGAUGACAUCAGUGUCGACAGUUUGGACUUUACUAAGAAGAUCUUGCACACAGCGUGGCACCCGACCGAGAACAUCAUUGCUAUAGCAGCGACAAACAAUCUCUACAUAUUUCAGGAUAAAGUGAACUCAGAAAUGCACUAGGUUUAUCAAUAUCCCUCUGUAUCUACAAACCAGCCUGUUGAGAGUUGUAAAAGGAUGUGAUCUUCACAAAAAUUAGGGCUUCUGUGGUGGGAUUUGUAGGUUGCAUCCUUUCAUCCCUCAGCCUGUAUCAUUACUGGUGGCAAACCAACUAUUCUCAUCACUGCAACUGUACGAGUAAAAGGCACGACUGCAAAUCCAGCCCCGUGGUCUGUGUCGGUUCCUUUAAUCCAACAGGGGCACUUACACAGCUGGGCAGUGUUCUGAGGAGGUCUGGGACCUCCUCAGCUCCUGUCAGUGCUUUGAGGGUCUCAGUGGUUCACAGGACCGCGUCGUUCUGGUGCACUGCCUGCUUCUGCGGCCCACAGUUACCACACUGUUAGAGCUUCUGCUUUAAUCUUUUGAUUAUUAUUUUUUUUUCAGUAACAUUUUUCUGUCUUUCAACUAAGCUGAGCCUGUUUGUGCGCGAACGAAUGAGUAGCCGCAUCCCUUUGGACCACGUGGCACAUUGGAAGGGCCUCCCAAAUCCCUACUGGUGAGAAGCUGCCCUGUGUCACCCGUCCCAUUCCCUUCUUUACACUCUUGCAUUAUUUAUUCAUGUUACUAACAUUGUGCUUUGACUUCCUGAGUGAAUAAGCAGCAGGCUGCUGGAGUUACUCAGCCAACUUGUUUUAGGAAGUUAAUUCUCCCUCAAUCUCUUUGCUCUGUUUAAUAUUUAGCAGCUUUCCCCCUAACUUGGCAUUACCACUGCACGGGGACUGGCUGCUCAAACACAGCCUAGCAGAGUUAAUCCAUAAGCCUACACUGUCGCCUGGGGGUGGGGAGUUCUGGAAGCCUUGGCUAACAGUGCUGUCCUUGGAGGCAAAUCCUGACUUCAGUGGAAGCAAAGUCACAGCUCUGCUGGACACCCCAGGAAAUCCCACUGUUGCUCAGUGCAGAAUGGUUAUUCUUGUCCUGGCAUAUGGGGAAUACAGACAAUGCCAUGAUAGCUGUAGCUAUAAGAAGAAUAGUACUGUGAGAGGUGGCUUUGCUCAGUGAACUGUGAGGUGACAGUGAGCCCACUGCUGGGUGAUGUGGGUAUUCCUGGAGAAAGAGGAAAACACAAAGUCCAAACCAAACCUUCUUCCACAUAAACACAUCACUGUGAGAUCCAUAGCUCUUACAGAUCUGUCUUUGCUUUCAAACGAAUAGGAUGUAAGUGGCAAGUGAAAGUACGUGGAAUUACGUGCUCCAUUUUGGAAGUCUGUGGGAACAGUGUAGUGCUAGGAAGUCCUCUUCAUGCACAAGAAAGUUCUGUCUGCCUCCCUAACAGCUCUGGAAGAAAAACUGAUAUCCCAAAGGAUUUCUUCGCGAAUCACAAACAGGAGAGCACAACUGAGACGAUGGCAUUAAUGUGCCCAUAUUAAAACUCCUCAGAAAAACAAACAAACAAAAACCCACUUCUUUAAGCCAUUAUGCACUGAUGUCUUUGGUAAGUGGAGAACAGACUGAUAAAGGGACCUGCAUGCUUUCCUAUUUUGUUUUGGAGGAAAAGAUGGGUGAAAAGCUGCUUUAAACACCUGAAAAAGCCAAGUCUGUGGCUCUUUUAUAAGACGUCUUAACACAACACGCCAAACCUGUCUGAAGUUUUCUACAUCAGUGCUGUAUAUUUUGUGUGUAGAAGCACAAACGCACGCGCAUCCGUUUCCAGCCGUACUGAACACACCCGGUAUGAAACGCGUAGGUUAAUUUAAAGGGAA